UGCUCUUAUUUUCGUUGGUAUCGCACCUUCGCUGGCGUGAAAAACAUCGUGCAGGCAGCUUUCCAUCGUAACACUGUUUCGUGAAAAUCAGCUAAGAAAAGUGUACCCCGCAUCAGCACGAUGGCGCUCCGAUUGUUUCGUUUGAGCCAGGAUGUUGUUACGCCGCUAAUCAAACGGAACUGUACCGUUUCGGCGUUCGAGCUCCAGCACAAGAUUCCCGUCCAACGGAAGGUGGAACAAAUCCCAAAAGCACAGUAUGGUGGCCGCCACACGGUGACGAUGCUACCGGGCGGUGGAAUCGGUCCCGAGCUGAUGGGCUACGUGAGGGAGGUGUUCCGGUUUGCCGGUGUGCCGGUGGACUUCGAAAUCGUCGACAUCGAUCCAGCCAGCGAGGGAAACGAUGAUCUUGAGUACGCCAUCACGUCCAUUAAGCGUAACGGUGUUGCUAUCAAGGGUAACAUUGAGACGAAAUCGGAAGCAACCGGCAUUCUGUCCCGCAACGUUGCGCUGCGUAACGAGCUGGACCUGUACGUGAACGUGCUGCACUGCAAAUCGUUCAAUGCGAUCCCGGCCCACCACCAGAACGUCGAUGUGGUGAUCGUCCGUCAGAACACGGAGGGUGAAUAUGCCAUGCUGGAGCACGAGAGUGUGCGGGGUGUGGUGGAGAGCAUGAAGGUGGUCACGGUCGAGAAUGCGGCCCGUGUCGCACGGUUUGCGUUCGAGUUUGCGAAGAACAACAACCGCAAGAAGGUGACCACCAUCCACAAGGCCAACAUCAUGAAGUUGGCGGACGGGCUGUUCCUGAAGGUGGCACGUGACAUUGCCAAAGAGUAUCCGGACAUUCAGCACAAUGACAUGAUCAUCGAUAAUUGCUGCAUGCAGCUGGUGUCGAACCCACAUCAGUUUGACGUGAUGAACACGACCAAUCUGUACGGCAGUAUUACGUCGAACGUGCUGUGCGGUUUGGUCGGUGGUGCCGGCCUCUUUUCCGGGCGCAACUAUGGCGAUCAUUAUGCCGUGUUUGAACCGGGCACCCGAAACACCGGUACGGCCAUCGCUGGAAAGAAUGUAGCCAAUCCGGUGGCGAUGCUUAAUGCGGCGGUGGAUAUGUUGUACCAUCUGGGACAUCGCUACCAUGCGGAUUGCAUCUCCGAUGCCCUGCACAAAACGAUCGACAUUGAUGGAAUUCACACGCCUGAUCUUGGCGGUAGCAACACGAGCACCGAUAUCGUCCAGAACGUUCUGAAGCAUCUGGCCGAGAAGAGAACGUACUGGCAACAUGGAUUAUUGUCCACUAUUUAAUCGCUAACACUACACUUCCCCCGAGGAAUCCAAAUGGUACGCAUCGAUCUCAAUUCAAUAACAAUAGCACGCUCACAACAAUUGGUGUUUCACUACGUGCGGUGCUAUUUCCUUUCCUUAACAAUAUUUUUCCACUUUUUUCCGCUGGCCAAAAACGGGAGUUUUCUGCUCAUUUCUUACUCUGCUGUGGAAUAAAAGUAUAGACAAAAAAAAAACGCGUUUAAAAUCCUUCUUCUUUGCUAAUCAAUUUCCCCUUCGAAAGCUAUAUCGUAGACAGAUUGUUUUAAACUUGACUGUUAAAGUUUUUGUUGUGUAAUUAGUAAAAUUAGAUCUUUGUUUUCUACAUGUUUUCCUCAUAAAUUGUUUAUAUGACAUCACAAACAGAAUUUCAGCACUUUUCAAUAGUAUUGAUGUGUAAAUUGUGUUAAUAAAUGCUUGUUUGUUUUUCAUAUUAGGUUCGAUAAUACAUUUUCAGGCUUGUGUGUAUAAAUAUUGUUUUUCUACCAGUUCAAGUGUUUUCCUUUUUUCAAGCAGUCGUGUAAAGCAAUCAUCUAGCAAAAAAAAAGAAACCCCCAAAGUUCAUAUGUACCCGUAGAACAACAGAUUAUUGUGAUAAAGUUUUGCUUUCGAUAGUGAUGAUCAAUUAGCGAUCGGUCGAUACGGAUGAGUAGAAUGCACCACUACCACUGGUUAGAUGAACUAAAUUGGCACUAAUCUUAACUUUCUUACCUUUCCAAACACCUUCCCAUUUCCCUUUCUGCACUGUUUCCGAUAAUGAUCCUCUCAGGAGCGUUAUUAAGGAAAAUUGAACGCGUCUGCACGACCAACCGACGAACGAUCGAUGGUGCCGGGACGUGCUUCUGAUCGGUAUGGCAUGGCAUGAUGCAUCGCUGGGAAGCUACCGCACAAGAUAACGUAAUAGCACGCAAGUUGAUGUUAAAAGCGAACGCAAUAUUCUAAAUGUGCGAGAGGUUAAAUGCUAAUGUAGAUGAAAUUAGGAAGCUUUCCCCAAAGGUGAUAUGGUCGAAAAAUGAAGCUCAGACCAGUGAGCAGUAAUGGUAAUCGUGUUGUGCACACCUUCUAAUUUCUUUCCACGCAUUUUUUCAUCGUACGAUGUACUUGCACUUGCACUAUCGAAGCAACGCUACUUAAUAAUUGUUCUUAUCAAACAGCUUUUUAUUUGCUUCUUUUUUUUCCUCUGUCUCUCUCUCACUGCUGCUAAUGCUGCGAAGCACCGUUGCACCCAGAAAGUGCUGUCGCAUGUCGUACGCGUUAAAAUAAUUUUGGUUUUUCCGUUUUUAUCACCCUUACCAACAUUUUCCUUGAUCGUUUGUUCUUCUCUAACAGGUUCCCGGCGUAUGCGUAUAUGUGAGAAGUUAGGCUAGAACCGAAAAAAAAACUCCCCCUAACCUACCCUUAUUCAUAUGCUCCCUUCAUCCAUGUUACUCUUCCUCCUAACGGUGUCUACCAACGGGAUUUCCGGAAUACAUUUCCUUUUGCGGUCUAAUAACAUCUCUGACACUUGGCAAACGGCUAAUCGGCAAAAUUGGUAUUUGUGAAGCAAUUUCUCUCUUGGUGGAUGGGAUUUCUUUCCUUUCGCUACGACGGGAAAUAGACACAAAAUCAGCAAACUUCAAAACAUAGGACCAUUGAGGGAAAAAGCAUUGCGAGCAACCAUUGGACGUAUAGGUUAGGAAGCAGAGCGUUUUUUGGAACUGUUGGCAAAAAAUAUAGGUUAACAUUACCAGUGACAAACACAGCGAAAAUGAAUGAAAAAUUACAUGAUAACAAAAUUGAUUAAAAAUUUAACAACUGUUUCCAAAUCUUGUCCACCUUCACCAUUAUUGUCCAUGCAGGGGUUCAGCGGUCGUAAUUGUACACCAUCUACAGUGUUGUGUGAAUUUUUCCAAAUUUUCCAAGAUCGUUCGGUACACUGGUUUCCAAUGUUAACUGUAACUUUUAUUUACCUUUUUGUUUAUCCCUUCCUUUGUGUGAGUUUAAGGUUUUCAUCCCCGUGUUUUGCCCCGUGCCCAUGACAAUGCCCGUAAAAUCGCAAACACAAAAAAUAACUAAUUGCACUUCCCAAAUAUUAGCUCCUCAAUUUUGGAGAUGUUUGCAGCUUUACAAAAAGUAGAAUCGGUUUGAAAGUGCUUUUUGGAAAGAAAUAUUAUUCUUCCUGCGAUUGACGAUCAUUGGCUGUUCGAAGGGGGUGUGUGGGUAACAAUCAAUCACCUUUCGUUGUGUCCCCGUACGAUUUGUAGUUGUGUGGGGCUGGGAUCCUCUUGUUGCGUACUAAAACAUGACUGUUUGCAGACUAUCUAUGACAAUCUGCAGUGUUUGAGUUUUUUUUCUUCUUGUGACGCAAUUAUACGUGUGGAAAAUUCAUAUUACAACCGAAAAGUGAGCUUGUAUGAUUUGAUACAAAAUUGGAAUAUAUUGGAAGAAGAAACAAUUCCUGGCCACACCCGUCAAACACAGAGAAGUAGCUCACUUUUCACGGUAGAAAAACCAACACCUGCCCAACCUUUUGUUCAAUCUUUUGUUUGACACUUUCUUUUCUUUUCUGUUUUUACAUUUAACGUAAUGAAACCAAUUAUGAUUUUAUCUGCCCACCAACACCAACACUCUACCAACGUCUACGAUUGUACAGAUUAAAAGCAAGCGGGCAGUCUUCACUCCAUCUCCAAUAAUGUACUUGAAGGAUACAGCGAGUACUACGGCACUCGUGAUCAUCCUGUGCGCCACCCUUAAUUCAUCGGGCUCGGGAGGACUCUCUGCGGCACGUGGAAACAAUAUGUUGCCAUAUUUAUUGUAAUGGGACGGUUGGUAUUCUUCUGUUUGAAUUUUGGUUACGAUUUAAUUUAACUUUGCGAAACAAACAAUUGAUCAUCGCGCUUUCCAUGGCCAAAAAAGGGCCAAGAGAACGUUAAAAAAAGUUCAGUUUAACAGAGUAUUACGAAGGAAAGAAAGACCAAGUUUGCUAAGGAGGCGAAACAAAUUCAAUGCUCUUAAAUUUGUUUAAAGUGAAACGGAAACUAAUGGCACGGACAAGGGAGCGAAACCAAAUAGAUAUGUGAGUAAGACAUUAAAAAUAUAUGAUCAACGUUGAAUGAAACACCAUUUA